UAUUAGAAUUGCUUGUUCUUUUCUUUUUGUGCAUCAUCAUGCAUCAUGCAUCAUAGCAUCCUUGUUUUACAAAAUAAAAUUAUUUUAUAAACCCUAAUCUAUUUUCUUUUCCCUCUCAUAUGGUUGAAUAAAACCUUCCCUUCUCCUUCUUUUAACAAAACCCUUUCCUUCUCCUUGGGCUCUCUCUCUUCCUGGCCCAGCUCUCUCUACCUCUCUCUCUCUCCCUGCAGCCCAGCAACCUUCUCCCCUCUGGCCCAUCUCUUCCUGGCCCGAGUUAGCCCAAUCCGGCGGCCUUGUUGCAGCCCAGCCCACCUGGCCGUACCCCUUCGGUGGAGACGCUCUUGUCUCUGUCGUCUUCCUCCUCCUCACGAAAAGGGCGUGAGGGCAGUGGUCCUCCACCGAGCCAACCACCGCACCAACCUCCCCCAUGUGAGCCUCCCCUCUCUCUCGCUUUAUCUCUGGCGCCAGCCAACCUCUCCCUCGUCCUCACUUCCUCUCCACGCCUCUCUCACCUCUUUUCUUUCUUCAUUUGCAAGCCAGAACCAACAGAGGAGAAACCCCAUCCCCGGCCCCGUGAGCUCCUCCAUGGCGCCGCCGCUCCACUGCGUCCCCCACCGUGCUGAGGGCACCAUCGGGUGCGCCUCGACGUUCUCCAUCUCCCAGUACCUCGAAUCGCCCCGGGGGCUUCCCAAUCGCCACCAAAUUCGCCAUUCCCUCGCUCCGGCCGCCGCAGUUCGUGGACGAUUCCGGCGCCGUUCGUCCGUCUCCGGCCACACCGAGGUCACCACCGAUUUCCUGGUCCUCUUCGACGGCGGUCUUCCGGCGACCUCCAUCAAGCGGCGCCGCCUCCACUUCGACCGCGCCGACGAGGCGAGCACGACGCCCAACUCCGCGCUUCCUGGUGGCGCCUGCAACGUCGGCGCGCGCGACGCCUCGCCGCGGUGACCACCUUCCUGGAGAACGCGCGCGGCAUCCCCCUUGCAAGCAAGGUUCGCCAGCGUGGCAGCCACGUCAGCAUCCGCCGGCCCCAUCUGUCAUCCACAUGGGCUAGCUGCCCCUCCGGUGAGAAAACCCUCCCAGAUCUAGAUCUCGUCAGUUUUGCAUGGAGGCCCCUGCUAGUUUUUAUUCCUCUACCCGGCGUCCCUGGCUAUGUCAGUUUAUCGAUAACCCCCUGGAUCUUUUGCUAAACAACCCGCAGUCCACCCCCUGGACAGUUUUUGUUUUCG